GGAACUGGCACUGGGAACCCGAACCGUCACUGGGAACAGGAACCGGCACUGGGAACCGGGACCGGCACUGGGAACAGGAACCGGCACUGGGAACCGGAACCGGCACCGGGAGCGGGUGACGGGGCCGGCAGCGGGCCCAGGCCCGUCUCGGUGCGGGGAACGGCCCCGCACGGAGCAGCCGCGCUCCCGCCGAGCCCGCCCGGCCCGGCUCUUCCGGCGGCGCCGGGAGGAGGAGGAGCCGCGCCGGGAAGGUCACCGGGAGCGGCACCGGGAGCGGCACCGGGAGCGGCACCGGGACCAUGCUGCGGCCCAGACCGGCCGCGCUCGUUUCGCUGAUGAGGGCGGCGGGGGGCGGCCGCCGGUGCCGGGACCCCUCGGGGGGGCCGCGGCUCCCGUCGCUCUGCUCCGCGCCCCCGGCGCAGCCGGUGAUCGCCGCCAAGGAGCCGUUCCUGGUGGAGCUGCAGGCGGGGAAGAGCUACAGCUGGUGCGCCUGCGGGCACAGCAAGCGCCAGCCCUUCUGUGACGGCGCGCACCGCACGGAGGCCCCGGCGCUGUCCCCGCUGCGCUUCAGCCCCGCCCGGGCCGGUGCCGCGCUGCUCUGCGGCUGCAAACGCACCCGGAGCCCCCCGUACUGCGACGGCUCCCACCGGGAGAACGCCGGGCAGGCGGCCCCGCCGGCCCCCCGCGCCUGAGCCGGGCCCGGGGACACCGGCGGCACCGGGAGCACCGGGAGAUCGGGAACACCGGGAGAUCGGGAACACCGGGAGCACCGGGAGCACCGGGAGCUCGAGAACUCGGGAGCACCGGGAGCUCGGGAACACCGGGAGCUCGGGAACACCGGGAGAUUGGGAGCACCGGGAGCUCGAGAACUUGGGAGCACCGGGAGCACCGGGAGCUCGGGAACACCGGGAACUCGGGAGCACCGGGAGCACACAGGAAUUGUUGAAUUCCACACAGGAAUUGUUGAAUUCCACACAAGAAUUGUUGAAUUCCACACAAGAAUUGCUGAAUUCCAUGGAGAAAUUGUUGAAUGCCACACAAGAAUUGCUGAAUUCCAUGGAGAAAUUGUUGAA